ACUCUGCAGCGAGGACAGUUCAAAAGCCUGGCUUUCUAUCUGCUGGGUUGCAGUUACUGUCUGUGAAGGCUUCUUCUUUAUCAGUUUGUUCCUGGAGAUGUGUUUCACAUGCAAGCCUGACUCCCUGGCACAGGCCUGCUGGAAGCGAGCUAGACGCCCGGGGAGCUUCCAGAAAUUCCUGGGGUACACGCUGCUCUCAGUGGCUUGCUUCCUGCAUCCCGUCCUCGUCUGGCAUGUCACCAUCCCUGGGUCUAUGCUGGUCCUCACCGCCCUGGCCUACUUCCUGCUGAGCAAGAGGAGGAAGAGCCCGGGGCACAAGGAGACACAUCCCCAGGCAGGAGAGUACGUGGACCCUUCAGCCACCGUGGCAGCCCCAACCAUCGCUGGUGACACUGAGCAGACCUACACCUUCCCUGGGGCCCAGCGGGAGCAGCACCGCUCGCUGCUGGGCCACAUGAAGAGCAUCCUGAAGGGCAGCAAGGACAGGAGCCCAGACCCAGUAGCUCCUGCCCAACUUGCAGCCCCGCCAGCCCCACGCAAGCAAGUGCACUUCCAGGAGAAGGUGGUGCAGAUCAUCCCCUCUGUCAGCGAGAGCUUGGAGGAUGUGGAGAGCGAGGCUGAGGAGACCACAUCGGACACAACACCCAUCCUCACCCCACCCGAUGCCCCCGUCAUCCUCGCUCCCCUCAGCUCCACGGGCCUUUUUUGAGCCCUCAGCAGGAAGGAGGCUGGGACAGACCUGCUACCCCUGGCACUGGCAUCUCUCCCUGCCGCUCCAGCAGCCGAGGGGCCCUGAGGGGUGGCCCUCCUUGCCCUCCCUGCCUCCAGGGUGACAACUGUGUCACCCCCUCUUCAAGGGGCCGCUUGCACUACAUGGUCCCACACCUUGUGACAGGGCCAGUGGUGGUCGCCAGCCCCUGCAGCACCUUGCCCAGGGGACAGGUGGUGGUUCAGCCAGGGUAGUGCCGGGACAGUAAGGUUUCUGCUCCCAUGGCCUCAGCGUGGGUCACCCCUCCGUUACGGCACUGCACAUCACAGCAGCUGCUCCUGCCUAACAUCACAGCCAUGGCCUAUGGCUCCCGUGAGGCAGCAGCAGGCAGGAGGAGGGGAGACCGCCGUGCCCCCAGAGCAGCCUGUGCUGGGGGCAGUUGUCUCCCUCCUGCCCUCGCUGCGCGUUGAAGACCUCGGGGCUGGGAGACGUUCAGCACAGGGCACCGCAGCCUGCAGCAGGGCACCCAAAACGUCAUUUCAGUGGUGGGCUGAGACCAAGCACAUCUCUGGGGCUAGCACCCGCUAAGUGCCCUUCCCCAAGACACACUGACCCCAGCAGGGAAAUCACCUCUGGCCUUGAGAACACCCAUCCAGGAGCAGGGAGGGCCCUGGGGCUUCCUGGUGUCCCCUGCCCAGAUAGCUCUCUUGAGUUAGAAGGGCUUUGGUAUGAUGUGGCAGCUCAGGCCAUGAGAUUCAGCACUGCGCUGUCACGGCAGACUGUGUGUAACUCCCAGUGUGUGUUAAUUAUGCGCCCCAGAGGGCAAAGGCAAUAGUAAAGUUACAAUGCUGUCCCACCAGUCCCCUCCAUGCCAGCUCUUCCCUGAACCCUUCACCUCUGGCUUAAUCCUACCAUAUUUUCUGCCCUUUGAGCACCGUUCACCUAUCAACAGGCAUUUCUUUCCUGUUCAACUCAUCCCCUUGGCGCUCUCGCACCUGAGGACAAAGGCUUUCUGCUUCCCAAUGGCAAAUGCUCUCUGUGCCUGCAGAUACCAUCACCAAGGCCCUCUCAUCAGCAUCAGGCAGCUCUUUUGGCUGCACAUGGGAGAGAACUUAGGUGGCUGGGUUUUCUCAGACAUGGGACAUGAGGCCACACUGUCACCACUGCUGGGAUGAAGAGUUGUAACUGCUCUAAGCCCAGACAUGCAGCAUUGUGGUGAGGUGGUGGUAAGGAGAGAAGAUCCCUGAGACCUGCUAGACUAUUUAUAAGGUAAAAGCCAGUGGGGCUGGCUACUUUUCUUGGAAAUACGUUAUUUCUUCUUUUUAAAAUCUCAGCUCUCUGAGUCACUAUCACUAUGUUCAUUUAGGAAAGCAGCGUAGUUUGAAGUGAAGUGUGAAAAUGUGAAGUGUAAGAGCUCAAAAAUCAGAAGGAAUUGAGAUAAGAGCCCAGUACUACUUUUUAAUAAACUCUUAAGUGACUCCUAAUUUGUGAGAUGGAUGGGGAAGAAGGUGGAAGGUACUGACUCACAAUACUUGACUGCCUGUGUUUGAUAAUGUAACUCUGUCCACAAGAGCAGCUUAUGAGUGGUUGCACACACUUGUCAUUCCUACAGUCAGACAUAAACAAAAAGCUUCUUGUUGCAUCACCAACAUUUAAAAUGAUAGCUGGUAUCUAUUCUAAACACAAUACAUGGAUUAGAGGCCUCCUCCUUCUGGCUGCAUAAAUUAACCCUCCACCCCAUAAUUGCACGCUGGGGAAGAGUCACGCACACAUCUGUCUUUAGGGAGGGUUUGCACCUGCAAAAAUGUCUUCAGAAAAUUGUGCCUGUUUAUAGCCUAACGCUGCAUGACUGAUAACAGCAAGUCCAGGAUCCAACCACAGCUCCACCCUCAAGCUAAUGUAUUCAUCACAUUAAGAAAUAAAGCUAUUUUCCUCCCAAGUUGGUGACCAAACAGCACACCUGCACCAACAAAGGUCCCGACCCAGCCAUGCUAACCGGGUACCCGCCCUUGCCAACUCUGCCCCAAAAAGCUGUGCUCAGAGCUGGCUCCCCAGAUCAAUCACACAUCUGCUUUGCAACUAGACCCACUCUCAUUAGCAAACUCAGCUUUCUGCAUCAUCCAAGGCUCUUCUUUGAACAUUGCAUAACUAAUUACACACACAGAGGUGCUCCCAAUAGAUCUAGCAAUCUGCUGAUGGGAGAAAGACCACAUUUCUGCAGCCUCCUCUCUAGCCCUGAGCAAAGCUCCAGGGCAGCCUGGGUGGGGACAGCUGCUUUGCAACAAAUCUCAUCCUUCAGCCCUUAAUCAAUCAGCCCCACACUUUGUGCUGGUGGGGCAGCAUGGCCAGCUUGCCAGCUGGAGAGAAGCAAUGCCAUGAGAGCACCUGUGGCACCCUGAAGUGUGUGGGGAGCAAAUUUCAUUGCUCUGUGAAAUGCAUAAAAUGAGUUUGCAAUCCUUAGAGUCUACAGAAUUAUGUGUUUCAGUUUUUAGGCUCAUCUUUUGAAAGUCUGUUGUAGGUUUCCCUUAGGAAGCAAGACUGGGGGAAGCUACAGGUGAGGUGGUUGUUCAGCCUUCCUGGAGACAACACUGGACCUGGUUGCUUUUCUUGCCUGCUUCCUUGUGUUGGCCUGGCUCUUCUCCAGCCCCACAGCUAGCUGGCUCAGGAGAUGAAGGCUGGAAAAAAGCUGCUUCUCUUUUCUGUGGUAUUAAUUUGCCCGUUCAGUUAAGGUCCAUGGCUGGCUUACCCUGGAGUCUGCCAAGAGCCUGUGCCAGUGCCAGGGAAGUAGAUGCUCCUCCAGAGGCAGCUAAGCUGUGCCCCAGACAGCACUGGAUGGGUGCGAUCCCACCCCAGGGGCUGAGCUGCUCCCCAGGUUGCCCCUACCAGGGAGUCCAUUUGUACAUCCCCUGCCCUGCUCCUCACCACCCAUCCCACCCCUGGUGCUAUCUGCCAGCUCCAUCAGCAUACAGAGCUUGUUAGCCCAGAGGAAAAAUAAUUAGGGAAAAGAAAGCGGGUGGCUAUCUUCUUGGGUAAUGAGCCAAAUAAAUUCAUGGAAGGAAGGGCCAGCCACAAAAUGAAGGGCAUGAGGCAUAAAUGCACCCCUUUCAGAGGCAGCAGGCUGUUAGAGCAGCUCAACUGCUUAAAGAAAUGCAGCCUCAGGCUUUCUUUAAAAACCUAGUGCAGAGGAAAUGUUCCGCCUCAGGGGGUGUCAGAUGACUUUGCAGAGGGCUCAGAGAUUAUUCGCUCAAGUGUGCACUUCUCUGUUGGCCCUGCUCCCUACAUCUAGCUGUGAUAGGAGCAUCCCAGAGGCUACUGAAAGCACCAGAGAUGCUGUAGAGCACUGUUGGGGGGGUCUGUAUAUGAAAAACUCUCAUAUAUGGAGGGUAACUGCAGGAAAAGAAAAAGAGAAGAACUUGAUGCUAUUAACUGUGCAGUGCAGUGAUAUCUGAAUUUGAGCUGCCUGAACUCUAAGUCCACACAGCACUACAUGAACAUUGCUGUAUAAUUUUUGCCUGCAUUACAGUUAAUUCAUGAUGCAGCUAAUCCAUUGAAAUUAAUCCACUGAUUUAGAGUGCAUAAAACUAUAAACUCCUAUAGAGUCACAUACUGAAAGGAAAGAAGAUGAAUCAUCCAAAAAAAAUACAUGUGUAAGGUAAAACUAGGUGAGGUAAUCCUGGAAGAAAUUGUUUCCUUCACAAUUUCCUUCAAAGAUUUCCCUGCAUGAGGAAAAAUUUACCUGCUUUGCAUGUACAUGUGCAGUGGAAACACUCUACAAUGUUACUUGACAGCCCCCAUCCCAGCUUAGUAAACCCGUAUGUUGCGAACAAUUACUCCAUUUUAAGUUUUGUAUGAAGGCAAAAUAGAUUUCAGUGCAGGCUUCGGUUACAAUUCCUCUCUGCCUCCAGUGCACACCAGUACGAGUAGCUGUUGCACAGCCCCGAAGGCAGGUACACUACCUGCCCCACCACAGUGCUCCCACCUCACACCAGGUGCUUAGAUAGUCACCCUCCAAACUCCCUAGGUCCCCCCGGGGACACUGGGCCCCAGUUCCUCUGAGCACUACUCCCUGUUUGAAACAUGGGUAUGAAUGUUUUACACAUACAAAGCAGCAUUAGGAAAAUAAGGUACAUUUGCAGAGAAAAGUGUUCAGUUUCUGCAGUGUCAAUACUCGAAAUCAGAAAUGCACUACUCGUAUCUGCAUGUGCAACACUCACAGCAGCAAACACCAGUAUUGGCAACGGCGGCAUGGGUGGCUCCUAAUUGAAUAUUGAGUCAUAUCCACAUGCAGGAGAGGACCUGUCUCCACUCAAUUCCAGAUGCUGCAUGCUCACACACCUGCAACCCUACCACUCCUCAGCCCUGCACCUUCUCUCAUCCCGUUCAGGAGAUUCUCCCAUGUGCUGGACCAGAAAUUCAGGUUCUGUUUUGGCUGGACUCCUGCAUUUUGUGCUGUGAAGGAAGUUACAGGAAUGAGAAACCAGGUCCCAAACCUGCCUGGGAUUCCUUGGAGCUGUCAGCUCCCUUACCUGCUUGGCAUGGUGUGGGCAAAAGCAGGAAUCUGGCUUCCAACUGAUAUAUAUCAGCUUGCAUACCACGGUACUUAGGUACAUGGCACUUGCAUACAACCUGCACUUAGGUUAUAUCCUAGUGAAUGAUUAAGGUACCUUUAGAAAACUAAUUCUAUGCAGCUAUUCACUCAGCAUGUGACAUUAUUGAAUCUUGUUUUGAGGCUCUAUGCAAAACACCAGGAACCUGAUUUUCCAACUCAGGUCUUUGGAUCACAGACUAAAGAGGGAAUCCAUAUUUCAGACAGAAAAAAAAAAAAGGGGAGAAAAAGAAAAAAAAACAGAAGAGUAAUGUUUCCUGACAGUUCUUCAUCUUCCCAGACCGUACCUAAAGAGGACUUCAUACCGCACGGGAGGAAGUUCUGAACAGCAUCUAAUCCCCAUCCCACUCUCAACUCUUCCUUCUGCUCAGCCUCUCCUUCACCCUAACCUUUUCCAUCCCAGAGCUGGCCUCAUUCAGAAGAGCUAUUUAAAAAGAAGUAUCUUGAUCAGUCCCUGCUAAACAAAGUCAUACAUACUGUGACAUGAUUACACAGUUCCUCCCUGCCCUAACUCUCCUUCCACUGCCUCCCUCUCCAAAACUCCCCUGUAAGAGGGGCUGGGUUUGGUAGUCACCCAGAUGCCCAACCUUGCUUAUCAGCCCCCAGCUCCCCAGCUGGUGCAUCACCCACUGCACCUGCUCUUGCUCUCCCUGGAGAGCCACACUUGCAGCUGCAGUUUUGGGUAAGGCUUUCAACACUGCAGAGGGGGAGUAACACCGACCAAAUUGUGCCUGGAUGGAAAGAAGGCAGCAGCCACGGGGGUCAUGCCCAACAAAAAGAGACUAUAUGGCAGCCCUAACUUGCUAAGUUUUUCUGUUGUUUUGGGGCAAACCUCACCUUCCAACUCUUGAAGCCUGCUGAUGUGCUACAAAUUUUGCACAAUAAAAAAGCAAGUUUCUUUUUUCAGUAACAUUUUGUGCUAGACUGUAUUACUUCCUUCAGCAGCAUGAGAAAACAAAAGUACACAAAAAGAGUUUUACUGUGCACAAAACUGAGCUUAAGAAGCUCUUCGACAUUGGCUACUCAGCCACACUCAAGAAUUUUCUGGGGUGUCGUGGAAUUUGGUAUAGUGACAAUACUUUUGAAUUUGAUAUAGUAGCACCACAUUUCUCCUUUUCAAAGUGGGAAGGCUUUGUCUGGGUUCUUUAUUACUGCUUUUACUCUUGUGCCUAUUGAGGAGACGAUCCCCAGCAUGGGAGCAAGCCUACCUCCCAGCCCAAUCAGGUGAAGGGACUACAUCCCAUUCUAUGUCACAC